AUAACAUACGACACAACUUCGCCACCACCCAGGGGAGAGCAUGACAUCGGAAAAGCGGUGCCACUACGAGGUGCUGGGCCUGAGCCGCGACUGCGCGGCCGACGAAAUCCGGUCGGCCUACAGGAAGCUGGCGCUGCAGCGCCACCCAGACAAGCUCGUCCAGUCCGGCCUCUCCCAGGCCGAAGCCACCGCCCGCUUCCAAGAGCUUGCCCAGGCCUACGAGGUCCUCUCCGACCCCAAGGAACGCGCCUGGUACGACUCCCACCGCUCCCAGAUUCUCUUCGCCGAUUCCAACCCCUCCACAAACUCAACCGUCCCCAACCUCUUCUCCUUCUUCUCCAACACCGUCUACUCCGGAUACUCUGAUUCGGGUCGCGGGUUCUACAAGGUCUACUCGGACCUCUUCUCCAAGAUCUACGCCAGCGAGCUCGAUUUCGCCAGUAAGCUAGGGUUAGGGCGGGAGUCGGUGCGCCAGGCUCCGGCGAUGGGGAACCUGGAGAGCCCCUACGCGCAGGUGAGCGCGUUCUACAACUACUGGCUAGGGUUUAGCACGGUGAUGGAUUUCGUUUGGGCGGACCAGUACGACGCGAUGGCGGGGCCGAACCGGAAGUCGAGGAGGGUGAUGGAGGAGGAGAACAAGAAGGUGAGGAAGAAGGCGAGGAGGGAGUUCAACGAGACGGUGCGUGGAUUGGCGGAAUUCGUGAAGAAGAGGGACAAGCGAGUUAUCGACAUGGCGGUGAAGAGGAAUUUGGAGAUGGAGAAGAAGAGGGAGUUGGAGAGGGAGAGGAAGAGGGAAUUGGAGAGGGAGAAGAUGGAGAGGGUUAGGGCUUACGUGGAGCCUGAGUGGGCUCAAGCGGAGGAGGUGGAGGAGGAAGAGGAAGAGGAAGAGGAAGAGAAGAAAGCGAAGGAGUUGUAUUGUGUGGUGUGUGGGAAGAAGUUCAAGAGCGAGAAGCAAUGGAAGAACCACGAGCAGUCCAAGAAGCAUAAGGAGAAGGUUGCGGAGUUUCGGGAUUCGAUUGGUGAUGAAGAAGUAGAAGUGGACGAUAGUGUUGGAGAAGAAAAAGAAGAAGAGGAGGAGGAAAGAGUGGUGGAUGAGCUUGGAGAGCGGAUUAAGGAUGGUUUGGAGAUCGAGGGGGAGGAGAACGGAGAUAAAUUAUAUGAGGUUGAGGACGAGGACGGGGAUGAUGAUAACGGCGAUGAUAAUGAUGAUGAAAUGGGUGUGCUUGAGGCCAUGGUGGCAGCGGGACGCAAGAGUAGGAAAAAUGUGGGCUUGGGAAGUGAGGUUCAUGUUGAGGAUGAUGAGAGUAAUCGGAAGAACACGAGGAAGAGUCGUGGUGGAAAGGAGAAGGGUAAAAGGAAUGGUGGAGAGGCUAUGAGGGAUGCAACCAAUAAGAUUGAUAGUCAGAGCGAGGAAAGUGAUAGAAAUCAAAGUUCCAACUUGGAGGAAUCCUCUACUCAUUUUUUUGCGGAGAAUGAGUUGGGGGGUGAGGGUCGUGAUGAUGAUGAUGCGAGUAAUGGGGUUGGGUUUAUGGAGUACAAUAAUCGGAAGAGCACGAGGAGUCGCGGGGGAAAGAAGGAGAAGGGUAAAAGGAAUGGGGGAGAGGCUAUGAGGGAUGCAACCAAUAAGAUUGAUAGUCAGAGCGAGGAAAGUGAUGAAGAUCAAAAUUCCAACUUGGAGGAAUCCUCUACUCAUUCUUUUGCGGAGAAUGAGAGUAACUGUAAUGUUAAAGGGAAGGAUCGGUUAGCUAGGAGUAAAAAGGCUUCAGAUCAACAUGUUGACCAAAAAGGGGCAGGGAAGAAAGACACAAAUGCCAAAUCAAAGAGCUCAUCGAAACAGAAGAAAGCUAAGGCAACAUCAAAGAAUUCUAGCAAUUUAUGUGACACAUGUGGAGAGGAGUUUGAAUCAAGGAAUAAAUUACAUAAGCAUUUGGGUGAAACAGGCCAUGCUGCACUAAAACAUCGAUGAGGAAACAAUUGUUGAAUAUUUUUUGCAUUCACAAGUUGGUCAGUCUCAAUUGUUUGUUGUAUUCAUUCUUUUACUUUGUCAUUACAAAGUUAAAUUACAAGAAAUAGUCGAGGGUAUCUGCAUGUCACGUGCCCAUCAUUUUUGUCAUUUUGUGAAAGUGAAAGAUGGAAGAUAUAGAUAAGAGGAGGAUUCUCAUGUAUCGUAAAGGUAUUCUUUCUGUUAUAAAUUACGCU